AUGGCCAAGACUGCACAGGCCGUAAAGUACAGUAAAAAGAAGAAGAAGAAGAAGAAGAAAAAGGACAAGGAUGAGAAAGGAAAGAUGGCACAUGACUGUAGACUGAUCAGACGAACAGGGAGCAGCAGGAGCGCUCAAUACGGCCAAAUGAUCACCGGACAUUUGCUCACUCCAAAGGCUCAAGGCGACAAAUGCUCUCCAACCGUAUCAUUCCCCAAUUUCCCAAUCAUGGAACCCGAAGCUUCUAGAGAGGACUGUUCAGAUUCAGCUAUUGAUCGACUAAAGAAAAAGAGAGCCGUGGUACGUAGAGCUGCGACGAAAGUAAUGAACGAACUUGAUGUGAUGUUGAUCACGGAGACAACGCCAGUCGGUGCGUUUGAGGAAAAGGUGGAAGUCUUGAAGUUCAAAGAGAAAGAACUACAGAAGUUGGACUUGGAAAUCGAAAGCCUAAUCAGCAUCGAUGACCUGGACGACGAGGUGGAAGGUUCAGCAACGUAUCAGGAGCGGAUUGUCGUAACAAGGACUAGAGUGGACCGCAGGACAGCGACCACAGGAGCGAUGAGACAGAUUACCGUAGUGCCAUCUUCAGUGGCACCGUCGGCUCCCAUUGGAAGGACUCCUGCCACAGUGAAGCUUCCAAAGCUGGAGAUUCCGAAGUUCAACGGCGAUAUUCGAUCUUGGCAGUCCUUCUGGAAUCAGUUCGUUUCGACGAUAGACCAGAAUACUAGACUCUCGAGCAUUGACAAGUUCAAGUACCUCAAGAGUUACAUUACAGGCAAAGCGGCAUCGGCUAUCGAGGGGCUCCAGAUGACUGAAGAGAAUUAUCCCAUUGCAACAGACAUCUUGAAGGAAAGAUUUGGAAGCAAUAAUCUUAUUAUUGACGACCAUAUGUCUCGUCUGCUGCACAUAAAACAUGUUCAUGACGUAACCAACGUACAGAAGUUACGAGCAAUGUUCGAUGAGCUUCAAACCGGCCGUACUCAGAAGAGCUGGAACUUGCAGAACUUGGAAUUCAUCCGCAAGCAUUCUACAACCUCGGAGAACGCCGAUGGGGAGCUAGAGCUGUUCAUCGACUUUCUAAAGAAGGAAGUGGAGACUCGUGAAAGAGGACAGCAGCAUAGCCCUCGUCCAGAGCGCCGGAGUGGAAACCGAUAUCCUCCGCCUCCUUCAGCCUCAGUACUUGCAUCAGGCGCUCACCCCGGCCGUCUUGAUGAACACAAAUGCAUCUUCUGUUCCACUGAAGACCACGCAUCUGCGGAUUGCAAUUCAUCAAUGCCCGUCUCCGAGCGCAAGGGUUUAUUGAAGAAGGAAAAUGGAUGUUUCCGUUGCACCAUGCGUAACCACACGUCACGAUUCUGCAGAAGCAUGAGAUGGAUGAAAUGUUCAAAGUGCAGCGGGAGGCAUGCGUCAUCCAUGUGCGAAGCAAGACAGAAAGAAGAUAGAGACCAGUCAUCAGCAGAAGCAACGUUACAGUCUUCACUGAAAGUAAAGGACCACGCGCGGUGCGCUCCACAACGAAUUAUUCUACAGACAGCACAGGCGUGGGCAGAAGGUGAACGGACCCGUCUUCUUGUUCGGAUGAUGCUAGACGGCGGAAGCCAGCGAACGUUCAUACGUCGUGACAUUUCUGAGAAGCUACGUUUGAGGGUACUCGAUGAGGAAGAUUUGAGCAUCUUCACCUUCGGGGACGUAACAUCCAAGGGCCAUAGCAAAUGUAAGAGAGUAGAGCUGUGGCUAAGGAGCCAAUAUGACCGAAGGCAGAUACGUGUGGAAGCACUGGAAGUACCACAUAUCUGCACCGAUUUGAUGCAAGCUCCACCAGACAUAAUCAACAGGCAUCUGAGGAACAAGGACAUGCAGAUUGCAGACACAACGCCAUUGGGGUCUCGAUGCGAGAAUGGAAUAGGAUUCCUUAUUGGGUGUGACUAUUAUUGGGAGGUGGUUACCGGAAACGUACGACGACUCGACGACAAGCUUGUUGCAAUGGAGACAAUUUUCGGGUGGACAUUGCAAGGGCCUGCUGUGUCGUCAACAACCUCAACGGCAAUUUGUUCAUCAAUCGUUGGCAUCAUGAGGGUGGUCGUUACCGAAAACAACGAGGAGCUAUCCCAAAGGAUGAGGUCAUUCUGGGAGCUCAAACACAUCGGUAUCACCGACUCAAAGACAGAGCUGUGCGACAAAGGCGAGGUAAUGCAACGAUUAGGAGAAUCCGUAAAAUACGAGAAUGGGAGGUAUGAGGUCAGCCUUCCGUGGAAGCAAAACGCUGACAAACUUGCAGACAACAAGGAUAUGGCACUCAGUAGACUGCGCAGCCUCACAGCCCGUCUUAUGAAAAACCAGAGUCUACUCCAGGAAUAUGACACAGGCAUUCGGGAGUAUUUGAAGAAAGGAUUUGCCGAAGUUGUAACAGAGAGCGAAACCGUAACUGAACCGAUUUUCUACAUGCCUCACCAAGCAGUGAUACGGAACAACAGGAUAACGACAAAGCUUAGAAUAGUCUUUGACGCUUCAUCCCGAUCUGAGGACCAGCUUUCGCUCAAUGACACACUAUCAGCCGGCCCAAAUUUGAAUCCGGAUCUCACGACGCUGCUUUUGCGCUUUCGAUUGUAUAACAUUGCAAUUCUAGCUGACAUAGAGAAGGCGUUCUUGCAGGUGUCCCUUUCAACAAAGGACAGAAACGCACUUCGUUUCAUCUGGUACGAGAGUCUUCCCCAACCUGGCAAAGAACUGCCAAAGCUGGUCACCUGGAGGAUGACGAGGGUGCCCUUUGGAGCCACUUCCAGCCCCUUUCUAUUGGCGGCAACGAUCCGGUACCACCUGAAGAGGAUGAUGGAUCAGUAUCCUGUCACUGCCAGAAUACUUAGCGAGAACUUUUAUGUGGACGACCUGGUGACGGGCGCAGAUGAUGUCGAAGAAGCAAAACGUACAUGCAGAGAGGCAUCGGAAAUCAUGACUACUGCGGGAAUGCGACUUCGGAAGUGGACGUCGAAUGUAAAGGAUGUCCAAGAGUUCAUGACGGAGGAGGCUGAAGGAGAGAUACAUGCACAAACGUCAAGCACGCCACAGCAAAAAGUGCUCGGUGUGGCAUGGAACCCAGGGAAGGACGAGUUCCUAUUUGACAUGCAGUCGCUCCUCGAUUUCCUACACAGUCGAAGAGACAACAAGCGAUUCGUCUUGCAGGCGGUGGCACGCAUAUUUGACCCUUUCGGGUUUCUGACGCCGAUGACGACAACUGUAAAAAUACUCUUUCAAGAAUUGUGGCGACUUGGGAUCGAGUGGGACGAGCGGAUCCCGGAGGACCUUUAUAAAGGGUGGGACAAAUGGUGCAAUCAGCUUCCGGACAUUCGUCACGUGUCUGUUCCCAGAAAGUUUGCAGAGGAUGUGAGGCUUGCCUGCGUCAAGAAAUCCUUACACACAUUUUGCGACGCAAGCCCGAAGGCAUACGGCGCAGUUAUUUAUUUGAUUUGCAGCAAGCCUGGCGAGGAGCCACGUUGUUCGUUGGUGAUCUCUAAAGCGAGGGUAGCACCGCUCAAGAAACUUUCGUUGCCGAGGUUAGAAUUGAUGGCAACGCUAAUCGGAGCACGGCUAGCUCAUUUCGUAAAGGAGGCGACGGACCUUCAAGGAAUCGAGAGCUACUACUGGACGGACUCGACAGUUGCACUGCAGUGGAUUAAGAGCAGUGCGGAUAAAUGGAAGCAGUUCGUGUCAAAUCGGGUGAUUGAGGUGCAACAAUUGUCUAGCCCCGAGAACUGGCGCCAUUGCCCAGGAAGAGAAAACCCGGCGGACCUGUUGACGCGAGGUAUGCUCCCAUCAACGCUAGCGGGUAAUCGUACCUGGUGGAACGGACCUCAGUGGUUGUGCAGCCCUAAGCACAACUGGCCGACGACAAACUCGACACCAGUAGUGAGAGAAGUAGAGGCAGAAGAAAAGAAAGCUUCAGCAGCGCUUCAUAAUACCGCUGGAUCGGAGUUGGUGCCAGUCCUCGACAUUAACCGUUACAGUUCCUUCCUCCGGAUGGUUCGUGUGACUGCUUGGGUCAAGCGCUUUAAAAAUAACGCCCAAAGAGCAUCACAGAGCCAAACUGGACCCCUGACCGCGAAGGAAAUCGACGAUGCUGAGAAGCACUGGAUAAAAGCUGUUCAACGAGAAGUUUUUGGAGAAGAAAUCAACAAGCUGAGGGCAUCCCAGCCGUUGGACGGAAAAUCUGCCAUUCGCGAUUUCAGUCCGUAUCUAGAUGACGACAACGUACUUCGGGUAGGAGGACGUCUACAAUUUAGCGAGUCUAGAGAGUCAACCAAGCAUCCCUUGCUUCUACCGGCCGACCAUCAUUUCACUUCUUUGUUAAUCGAGAAGGAACAUCUCCGGUUGCUUCACGGCGGGAUUUGCGACACGCUAGGGCAGUUACGGGAACGAUUUUGGAUAAUCAGAGGACGUCAAGCGGUAAAGAAGAUUAUCAAGAGAUGUUUAGCCUGUCGAAAGCAAGCGUGCAAGCCAGCAUCUGCACCAGUAGCGCCUUUACCGGCUGACAGGGUUACCAAAUGCAAGCCAUUCGACGUGACUGGCGUUGACUUCGCCGGACCGCUUUUGUACCGAGAAAGACGACGUGACCAAAAGUGCUAUAUAGCGUUGUUCACAUGUGCCGUAACACGCGCGGUACAUCUUGAGCUUGUCACCAGCAUGUCGACGGAUGCUUUCCUGUGGGCAUUGAGACGCUUCGUUUCUAGAAGAGGAACUCCGACGACGCUUUAUUCCGAUAAUGCGACGACCUUUAAGCGAGCCGCGAAGGACCUAAGGCUCAUGGUCAAAAUGGUGAAAAGCGAAACCGUUCAAGACUACUUCGCUAACCACAAGAUACAAUGGAAAUACAUUGCUGAGAGAGCCGCCUGGUGGGGCGGCUUCUGGGAGCGGCUGGUAAGAACGGUGAAAACAACGCUGCGGAAGGUGCUUGGGCGAAGUAGCCUCCAUUUCGAAGGACUGACAACAGUACUCAGCGAAGUUGAAGCAGUAGUCAAUUCGCGACCCCUGACUUUCACGUUCAGUGAUACUGGAGAGCCACAGCCGUUGACACCAUCCCACUUUUUAAUCGGACAAAAGCUGACUAGUCUUCCUUCACUGAACUCGGCCAAGAAUAUGUCAUCCACACCAGAGGAACUGAAGCGACGGUGGAAGUAUCAGGUCGAAGUGACUGAAAGAUUUUGGAAUAGGUGGAGGAGAGAAUAUCUCCUAGAGUUAGCAUCAGCGCAUCGAGCACGACAUGCGGACUGUCAUCACUUGCGAGUUGACGACAUCGUGCUGCUUCAUGACGAAAAGGUGCCAAGGCACAUGUGGAAAGUGUGCAGAAUAACUGAGACGUUUCCUGGGCGAGAUGGCACGGUCCGAUCUUGCAAGAUAAUGUUACCGAAUGGUUUCGAACUGCGGCGGCCAGUUCAGGCUGUAUUUCCUCUCGAGUUGGUUGACUGA